AUGGAUUCCAUCCCGCCGCCUGAUGAUAGCUUUUACGCUCUCACUCCAGAGCAAUCUGGGUUUUUCAAAGCGCAAACGGGCAUACAAGACGAUGAAGAGCUCAAACAACACGUUCUCCACGUUCAAAAGAAGGCGUACGAGUUCGCGCCAUAUCCAUGUAUUCGCUUUUUCGGCUUCCUUGAGUUCUCCAUGGGCAAGCUCCCGGUAUAUCCACAGCUGCUGAAGAUCGGUCGAGAACGCGAAGAUGCUGUCUUCUUAGAUAUUGCAGCUUGUUUCGGUGUCGACGCCAGACGAGCGGUCUACGACGGCUUUCCUGCUAAGAACGUAAUUAUCUCUGACAUCAGACCAGAGCUCUUGGAAAUGGGACACGAGUUAUUCAGGACUACUCCAGCGACCUACCCGAUUCAUCACUUUGCAGCAGACGCCUUUGACCCGGCUAUGCUUGAAGUGGUUUCUCCCGCAUACGAAACCCCGUCGACUCCACGUCCUGACCUCAACACUCUCACAUCGCUCAACUCGCUCCAUGGGCAUGUUUCAGCUAUAUACGCCGGAAUGUUCUUCCAUGUCUUCGACGAGGCUCAGCAGCAGCACCUUGCGCAUGCGCUCGCGGGACUGCUAUCUCCCAUCCCUGGAUCUAUGAUCUUUGGCAGGCACAAAGGGAGCAGUGUCAAGGCCAUCAAGUCCGUCACCAGCAUCGGCUCUUCUGGUUUGAUGUUCUAUCAUUCACCGGACAGCUGGAUAGAGAUGUGGGAGAAUGUGUUUGAAAAAGGCAUGGUUGAUGUGCAGGUGGAGCUGAAGACGCUGCCAACUGUUGGUGGAGACUUAGAUCUGUUGGAUUGGUCGGCAAUAAGGUUGUGA